ACUGCAGCAUGCUGGCCCCCGUGGAGUCCAGCACUGAGAGUUUUUCAGAGGGCGGGCAAGCGGAGGAGGGACUCUCUGUAAUGUUUCAGUCAGGAGGUUCCCCUCCUAAUGCACAGGAGGCAGACCACCAGGGCUUCUUCCACUGCACAUUGUGUGAGAAAAGCUUCAGUCGCGUGUCAUCCCUCAAAAUCCACCUGAGAACCCACAGCGGCGAGAAAGCACACUGUUGCAACUUCUGUGGCAAGUGUUUUGGACGAGCUGACCUUCUGAAGUCCCACAAACGCACUCACACUGGAGAGAGACCUUAUAGCUGCAAUCUGUGUGUGAAGAGCUAUAGCCAUCCUGGUCAGCUGAGAAUACAUAAGCGAGUACAUACUGGUGAACGGCCCUAUUGCUGCCCUCACUGCGGGAAACGAUUUAGUGAACACAACCAGCUCAAAGUGCACUUGCGCACUCACACAGGCGAAAGGCCAUACAGUUGUAGUGUCUGCGCUAAGACCUUUAGCAAUGCUGGAAAUCUGAGAAUCCACCAGAGAAUCCACACCGGAGAAAAGCCAUACUGCUGUGGCCAGUGUGGGAAGAGGUUCAACGGCAUGGGAGACCUCAAAACGCAUUACAGGGUUCAUACAGGAGAGAGGCCGUACCAUUGUGAUCUUUGCGAGAAGACUUUCAGUCAGGCCGGCCACCUGACCAUUCACAAACGAAUGCACACAGGUGAGAAGCCAUACACCUGCUCGGAGUGCGGGAAGAAGUUCAGCGUGGCCAGCAGUCUUAAGCUGCACGUUCGGACUCACACAGGGGAAAAACUCUAUAGCUGUUCCUACUGUGGCAAGAGCUUCAGCAGGUCUGGUCACCUAAAAAGACAUGAGCAGGUUCACACCAAAGCAAAACUCUACUCUUGUGCCCAGUGUGGGAAGAAUUACAGUGACCAGUCCACUUUAAAGAAACACCAGAAAACUCACACAGUUGACACAGUGCUGAUUCAACCCCAAGGCAGUGUCAAUGGGCCCGACGGUGUCAGUUUGAUACAGGUUAAAACUGAGUAA